AUGCUGAGACGCGACUUCGUUGAUAGCCCUGUCCCUGUUGCAUCGGAGGAGGAGGUAUAUGCCUUUGACGCAAAGAAACAUCCGGGUCCCUCUAAGUCAAAUUUUCGUCUACACCUGUCUGGGCACCUGAUCUCGAUGUGGAACAAAAAAGCUGCGGCCGUAUUCGCAGAUGAUUUUGUUUCUAUCGGACUAACGGAUUUUCAAGACAAGAUGCAGAUCCAGCGCAUGUUCCUCGUGCAUUUAAUCACUUUGCGAGCGCAGCACCGGAAACUGUGUCAGGACGGCCAAGAGCCAUCGCAAUUGGAAAGUCCAUGGCCUACUGAGUACCCACUAUUCUCUGUUUUUGUCCAGCUGCGAGAACGGCGAUCGAGCGCUGUAGGCACGCAUUCACACUUCGCACGCUUCCGGAAGCUGUGGGAUACCAUCCCCUAUACGGCUAUGAGCGGCGACGAAUCGGACCAUUCUGGAGGGAAAGUAAGAUACGUCGUGACGAGAUUGAACUGGCGUUCCUCCGAGUUUGAAACAUGGUUGAAAGUAUUCGACUGGAUGCAUCUGUCAAGCAGAUUUACUGCGGAGAGUAAACCCAAACGCGGCGCCUUUCCUCGCUAUCGUCGCCGUGGAUCAAGAAGACUCGAGCAGCUAGGAGCCCCAGUGGCUGGCUUACCAAGAAACUGCUACGAUGAAAGAUGGCUAGCCGGGCUCGGUGAAGUAGAGCGAGUCUCUCUCAGCAUUCAACCAGCAGUGGACCUGGUGCAUUCUGAUCAAGUGAUGGCGUUCGUAUCCUUGACAGAUGGUUAA